UUGAAAAUAGCCCAAAGCGUUGGGCUGAUCCACAGACCAAGCAAUCAGCUCGUCGCGCCAACCGGGAAUUUCAAGCUCCAAUCGGGAACUCUAUUUUUCACGGCGGCCUAUUGGGAUACACCGCACCGGAGAGAUCACAUGUUGGCGGCGCAAAGAAUUCGAUCUUCAUCUGCUUUCUCUUCCACGAUUCGUUUUCUUCAACUAUGGAAUAGAGGCGUCUUUGUUCACGGCCAUGCUCUAUCUUCUUCCACCGCUGGCUCUCCCGACAAAAGCUUACUUGAUCUUAAGGAGGUCGAGACGAUUCUGAAUAAGGUGAAGGCGGACGAUGUCAAAGUGAUACCAGUCCGUAAAGACUGUGAUUGGGCUGAUUACAUGGUGUUCGCCACUGGUAGGUCUACCUGGCAUGUUAAGAACAUCGCUCAAGCCCUAAUUUACCAGAUAAAGCAAAAGCAGAAAGGUGCUAGACAGUUAGUACUUCCUAGUGUGGAAGGGCAAGAGGAAGGAAAAUGGAUUGUCAUCGACUCUGGUAAAGUAGUAGUUCACGCCCUCGACGAGAAUGCCAGGAGUUAUUACAAUCUGGAGAGCCUUUGGUCCACCGAGACACCACCAGAUGAUUCAGCUCAGGAUCUGGACAGAGCUUUAGUGAAGAUACGGCCGAAGAACAACUCCAAGAAGAAACCAACACAAAAAACUCCUUAACAACUGAAAAUUCUCUCUUCAAUGAUCAUCUCAUUGUCCCCUUUUUUCAUAAUGUAGACUUGAGAGUGUAAGAAAGAAGGAACGAUGCAGAUGCUUCACUGUUUUCUGGGAAUUAUCCAUUUUCAUCUUCAUCCAUGAAAUUAUGUGAGCUUAUUUACUC